UCUACAUAUAAAGUUAACGCACAUCCGUAUCUACAUAUGACGAUGACGCACGUAAGACAACUCAGGGAGUUGUUGUCGAUGUUGUAGCUGACUGAAACAUGUUUGGAGUCCGACCCCUGUCAAAAUGAGUGUUGUAUUUGCAGUAUUCCUGCUUCCCGUGGCUGCUGCCACCAACUUUCCCUACACUAUUCCCGACCGAUGGAACGGGGGUGUCUCCACCAAUAUAUGCACCACCCCGGACGUGAAGCUGUGUGGCUGGGAGAUGAAGUUGGUCUUCUCCGUCAAUGUACAGAGCAUCGCCCCUCAUGACUUCCUACUGACAAACCCACAGUCGAACAGUCGUGUGUACUACAUCAAGAACCAGUCGUCUAACGGUGACAGAUCGGCCGGACAGGAGUUGUGUAUCGGCUUUAACGCUGAUAUCUCUGGGACGUCUCCUGUUGUAAUAUCAAGACUAGUCUUCACGAAGACAUCUUCUGAUGGACAACCUUGCCCAGCAACCGUAUCAGGCGCCUACGCUGACGUCCUUGGCAAAUCCAUCCUGUUCUAUGAGGCCCAGAGAUCGGGACACCUUCCUUCAACCAACAGAAUACCGUGGAGAGCUGACUCCGCCCUCAAUGACGGCAGCGACAACAACAGAGACCUCACCGGAGGCUGGUAUGAUGCUGGCGACAAUGUCAAGUUCAACUUCCCCAUGGCGUGGUCCACAACGACCCUGGCCUGGGGGUUGAUCCAGUUCAGGGCAGGGUACCAGGCAGCUGGCGAGCUGACCAACGUGUACGACUCCCUGAGGUGGCCACUGGACUAUCUGCUCAAGUGCUGGGACAGUGACCACAACGAAUACUGGGCUCAGGUCGGGGACGGUUAUGCAGAUCACUCUCAAUGGACAAGACCUGAGGACAUGACCGCAGCACGACCUUCCUACAAGGUCACCAUUGGCAGUCCCGGAAGUGACGUAACCGGCGAGACUGCGGCUGCAUUUGCCGCGGCUUCAAUAGCUUUCAGAAGUGAAGGUAUCAGAAAACUAUUCCAUAAAGACACACUGUUGAUGUACGAGGCCAAUCCCUCUGACGCUGGACUGAAGGCCCGGGUCGAGAACUUCGUCAACAGGUAUCGGUCUUCUGUAACCAAGACACCCACUUGUGAACUCUCGUGGUAUGCCAAGUGGGGCACUCUUCGAUACACAGCCAACGCGGCUCUAAUAGCGAUGGUUGCGGCCGAUGUCGGCAUCGAGGAAACUAAGUACAGGGAGUGGGCGCUGUCACAGAUAGACUACAUGCUUGGUGCCAAUGAGGCCGGCCGCAGCUACGUCGUAGGAUAUGGCAACAACCCUCCACAGCGACCACAUCAUCGCGCCAGCUCCUGCAGCUCUGAUCUCAACCAACCCUGCAACUGGAACGACUAUAACAACCCCGGUCCCAACCCAAACGUUCUCACGGGCGCUCUCGUCGGGGGUCCUGAUAACGGGGGCAACUACACCGACGCCAGGUCUGACUACAUCCGCAACGAGGUCGCCUGUGACUACAAUGCUGGGUUUCAGUCGGUGUUAGCGGGCUUGGUAGAUCUGCAGGCUCGGGGCAAACUGCCGGCGCACACGAACCCGUGUUUUAAAUGAUGGAAGUCUCUUCGUUUAAUCGAAAUAAACAGAUGAAAACUGAAA